CGACCCCGCCCAGCUGUAGACGCGUGACGCCAGCGCGUAGUCCGGGCUCGGCCGCACCGCGGUGAGAGGAGAAGCCGGAAGUGUCGCCAGGGAGGGAGAGCCGGGGCCGCUGCUCACAGCAGCGCUUAUGGGGUUGUCGGGGAGUGACGAUGUCUCCGCUCCGGGGGGCGAGGAGGAGGCCAAGUCCAAGGAAAUGGUGAUCCCCCCCGGUGAGCACCCCCUCCAGUACCGCUACACCUUCUGGUAUUCCCGCAGGACGCCCUCCCGGCCGGCGAGCACGCACAACUAUGAACAGAACAUCCGGCAGUUCGGCACGGUGGCGACAGUGGAGCAGUUCUGGAGGGUGUACAGCCAUCUGGUACGUCCCGGAGACCUGAGCGGCUACAGCGACUUUCAUCUCUUUAAAGAAGGCAUCAAGCCCAUGUGGGAGGACGAAGCCAAUAAACACGGAGGGAAGUGGAUCAUACGCCUGAGGAAAGGCCUGGCCUCCCGCUUCUGGGAGAACAUCAUCCUGGCCAUGAUGGGGGAGCAGUUCAUGGUGGGAGAGGAGAUCUGCGGAGUGGUCGUGUCCAUCCGAUUCCAGGAGGACAUCCUCUCCAUCUGGAACAAGACAGCCAACGAUCAGCUGAGUACAGUCCGCAUCCGGGACACCCUACGGAGAGUCCUCAACCUCCCACCAAACACCAUCAUGGAGUACAAAACUCACAACGACAGCCUGAAGUAA